UCUUGGCGUUCACAUCGAGAGCGGCAUCAGCAACAAGUAAAUCAAGCCAAAAGGAUCUGAUCAUCGAUUCAACUAUUAAAACUCACAGCAAACAGUUCGCGAUAUAAUCAGAUUAUCAAAUUUCCCGGCGCCAGUUUUCUCCAAUUUACCGACGCCAAUUGAAUCGCCGUCCAUUUCCCAACUCAUUCAGUCGCAAAGUAUCGUCCUAUACCGCUACAAAAUGAUGAAGUUCGUGCAGAUCCUGUUGUGCUACGGCCUCCUGUUGACCGUGCUCUUUGCCCUCAGCGAGGCUCGUCCUUCGGCGGGCGAGACAGGACCCGAUUCGGAUGGACUCGAUGGCCAGGAGGCUGAGGAGGUGCGAGGAGCCUACGGCGGAGGUUAUGACAUGCCGGCCCAGGCAAUUUACCCCAACAUUCCCAUGGACCGACUGCAAAUGCUCUUCGCUCAAUACAGACCCAACAGUUACGGCGCCUACUUGAGGAGUCCCACCUAUGGCAACAUGAACGAACUUUACCGGCUGCCCGAGAGCAAACGCCAAGUUAGAUACAGGCAGUGCUACUUCAAUCCCAUUUCCUGCUUUAGGAAGUAAAUCCCCAGCCAGCCAGCCGGAGGAUUAUCCAACCAACAUCCUACAGAUCUUGGAUAGAUUAACAAUUCAAGCAUUUCCACCAACCAAAAAUAAGCCAAACACGAACUUUAGCAUAAUGGAUCAACAACAAAAACCUAACGCAAAUAUCUAGUGCAAUUAAACUAAAGCUAAGACUCAACUAUAUCCGUUUAUAUAUAUAUACAGAAGUUUAUAUGUGUAACUUAUCUAUUUAAAUGUCUAAAAAUGAUUGAAAAAAUGUUCCAUUGUAGUUACCAAAAAAAUAAAUCGUGUAUUUAUUUGAAUAUUAGCACAAAUGUUACAAAUUAUAUUAUUUCGUUUCUUGAUUUUCGCUUUGCAUAUGGUGUGGUAAAAUAAAAUACAUCGCUUUCCGAAGCUAUUCAUGUAUUAAGAACAUAUUCGAAAUAAUAACGUGCUUUUGUAAAUUAAAGUGUCCCAGCUCUUGUAUAAUACAAAACACUAUUAAAUAAAACAAUGAAGAACGCGAACUUGGAGUCAUUUAAUACCUACAAAAACUAUACAUGUAAAAUAAAUUCCUAAAUUAAUGUAAUAAUGUUAUAAUCAUAUACGUAUGAAAUAAAUGCGCCCAAAUGUUAGAAAAAUA